UUUCUACUUUUAACAUUGAAGGAGGAUGGCACUAAAAAGAUUUAGUCGAGUUUGUUUACUGAUUCGUUCCCUUAAAAGCUUUCGUUCACGAAAGAAACCUCACUAGUCAUGUGUGGCUAAAAGUAAACAGUGCAGUGAGACUUAUCAAAGUCCAACUCUAGAUUUACUGAACGACUGCAGAAAAUGUUGGUACAUGAAGGUGUUGAGCUGGAAACGCCUCCCUCAGGACUUGAGAGAGAGUUUCACACUCUUUUUAACUCUGAUGCACUGCAAUUUCUGUCUGAACUCAUCUCUACCUUCCAAGGAGAGGUUGACAAGGUUUUGAAUUUGCGAGUCCUCCGGAAAGUUGAGUUGGAUCUGACUGGAGAGUUGCCAGGCUUUCUGAAGGACACAGCUCAUAUCCGAAAUGAUCCCAGCUGGAGAGUGAGCCCAGUUCCAGACCGAUUGCACUGCAGACAUGUGGACGUUGGUGACCUUUCACCCUGUGAUACACAACGUCUUAUAAUGGGACUCAAAUCUACUGCCCAAGGUUUACAGAUUGAUUUUGAUGAUGGCAACUGCCCAACAUACCGCAAUCAAAUAAAGGGCAUUUAUAAUGUUUAUCAGGCUGUGCACAACCAGUUUCAGGAUGUACCACCCAUUUCUCAGGCUCCAGUGCUGAUGCUCCGUCCUCGAGCAUGGAACAUGGUGGAGCACAACAUGAUAGUGAAUGGUCGAGAGGUUCCAGGUCCAUUGUUUGAUUUUGGUCUGCUGAUGUUUCAUAAUGCAAAACUACUUCUUCAAAACCAGAGUGGCCCUUUUUUCUACUUGUCCAAGGUUGAGAGCUACAAGGAGGCCAGACUCUGGAGUCAGAUUUUUUUCUGGACUGAGAAGAAGCUUGGCCUGCCAGCGGGCUGCAUAAAGGCCACUGUGUUGAUUGAAUGUGUCCUGGCGUCGUUCGAGAUGGAGGAGAUUUUGUACGAGCUCAAGGAGCACUCUGCUGGUCUAAACUGUGGCAUCUGGGAUUACUCAGCUUCCUUUGUCAACAAAUUCGGUCAUCGGGCUGAUUUCCUCCUCCCUGAUCGCAGUAAAUAUGUGGAUAUGGAGAAGCAUUUCCUGCACAGCUACAUGGAUCUUCUAGUGCAGACGUGUCACCGCAGGGGUGCCCUAGCAACAGGUGGCAUGGCAGCACUGCUGUUGCCUAGAGACAAAGAGAGUGACCUCUACAAGACUGUACUCAGAACUGUCACCAGACUUAAAUUACUGGAGAUCAAAGCAGGUGUUGAUGGGUUCAUGGUCUACGACAUGGACCUGAUUGAGCCCAUACAAAAACUGUUUCAGCUUCACUCUCAUGGUCAGAAUCAACUCCUGCAGCUUCGUGAAGACAUCACUGUGACCCCUGAAGACUUGCUCAUUAUGCCUGCGGGAGGAGUAACACUGUAUGGGCUGAGGUAUAACAUUGCUGUAGGUGUCCUCUUCAUUGAAGCCUGGCUUUCAGGCAGAGGUCAUUUCUUCUAUCUGGGGAAGGUUGAGGAUUCAGCAACAGCAGAGAUAUCCAGAUCUCAGGUUUGGCAGUGGAUUCGGCACCAAGUGAGACUGGAGGACGAUGGGACGGUAGUGACCCGAGCUCUUGUCAGCAGUUUGGCUGAAGGUCUGACGGAAGAUCUGAAAGCAGCCAUAGAUUGCCAAACAAGCAGGGAUAAACAGAGGUUGAUGACUGCUGUGUCCAUGUUUCUAGAAAUAGUGCAGAAGAAUGAUUUCCCAGAGUUCCUUACCACAUACCUUAACCUGGACCACACUUUCCUCAGCUCUCAGAGCCAACAUGAGGACCGACAGACAGACACGGCCCCCAAAGCCAGACUCUAACAAGUCUAAAUUACUUAAUCACAAAACAAUACAUCCACAAACACUUGUUGUCUUAACAUGUGAAUACAUGAAAGAUGAUUUAUAAUGUCUAAAAAAGGAUAGGAAAUUUACUUCAAUUUACCUGUAGCACAGUGGUUCUCAACCAGGAGACCUAAUGAUGACUUUAACAACAACGAAACGACUUUAAAUAAAUCAAGAUUAGAAAAAAAAAAAAAAAA